GCUGUGCUCAUUACAGCACAGUUGGGCAGAAAGGAAGCCCUGCAAAAGGUAGCAUGCAAAGCAGGAGGGAGAGCACAUAGGAGUAAUUUGCUGACAGACAAGCAAAGAUGGAUCUGAUUUCAGCUUUCUCCCCGGAAACCUGGGUCCUCCUGGCAAUCAGUCUCAUGCUCCUCUACUGGUUUGGGACUCGUACACAUGGUGUUUUUAAGAAACAGGGAAUUCCUGGGCCCACACCUCUGCCCUUUUUAGGAACUGUACUGAAUUACUACAAGGGUAUUUGGAAAUAUGAUGCAGAAUGCUAUAAAAAGUAUGGAAAAAUAUGGGGCAAAGAUUUCAGAACUAUGUUGAAGAGAUAUGGAAAGAGUGGACCUUGCCUUGUCACUGAUUUCAAUGGGAUUGAUUUCAUUUUCUCUGUUUAGUUUCAUUUUGGCUAUAGUCUUGCUGUGUAUUACCUUUACUAUGUUUAGGUAAGUGACUUGUAUCCCUUAUAUCUCCAGGACUUUAAACUUAAACAAAUGUUGGAUUUUAUCAAAUGCUUAUUUUGUAUCUAGAUGAUCAUGUGAUUUUUUUUCAGUUUGUUUCUAUGCUGUAUUAUAUUGAUGUAUUUCCAUAUACUAUACCACCCCUCCACGCCUGGAAUGAAGACUACUUGGUCAUAUUGGAUGACAUCUUUGAUAUGUUUUUGGAUUCAGUUUGUGAGUAAUUGUUAAGCAUUUUUAAUUUUAAUUUUAUUUUUAUUAAAUACAGUUCAUUCACUUUGUA